GAAGCAGUGGUCAGUCCAGCCCAGACCGGCGAGCAGCACGGACGCGCGCGUCGCGCAGCUCAGUCGGACGUCAACCAAGUGCCACGGCCAGCCGCCGUCAACAUCGGCUGUGUCCCGUCCCCAUCUCUCGCCAUCCAGCAUUCAUCAUGCUCUUCAAGUCGCCCAUAAGGGCAUCGUUCCUCGGGACGACUGACGUCAUGAUGGGCUAGGCCCUCACCUGCGCCCUUGCCCUAUGAUGCCACCGCCGACACCACCACCAUGUCCUCAUCUUCAUCAUCUUCGCCUCUGGGCGCCACCAUCACCACCAAGUUCCUGGCCAUCGCCGACGUGCGUUUGGGCUGUCGAGCCGCCCCCCCCCCCUCCUCUUUCCAUCGGCCGGUGCCGUGACGUCGUGUCCGGCGCCGCCCAACUUCAAGACCAGCUGCUGCCUGUGUGUGUGUGUGCCCUUAGUGCUUUGCACUUCUCUACGUACUCUUUGAGACGUAAUGUCUGUACUGUCUGUCAUGUCUGUACGUAAUGUCUGUGUACGUGACGUAGUGUGCAGUGUGUGUGUAUUCGUUUCCGGUAGGAGGCGCCGCCCCCGGUUACGUUGUUCUUCUUCUUUUCCUGCCCCAGUUGCUGUAUGCUGUUUGCAACUCGGUUACCGGUGAGUGCACUCUAUUUAUCUAAAAUCCUUGGGCCCAGGGUACCUGUUAUUGUAUUGUACUGUUGCAUUGUUUUAACCGUACUAAAUAGCAGUGUUUGACAGUGUUUUCGUGUCUAUUUCCGGUUUCACCGGCCAUACUCUGUUAAUAGAGUUUCAUUUGUAAUUCUUUGGGUAUGUCCCUGAAUGCCAAAUGUCUACCCUUGUUUAUGGGUUUAAACUAGCUAUAUGUACGCCAGACCACGUCUCGCGUAACAGGCUUCGCGAUAUCUCACGAAACACUGUAACGCUGCGACGCGCCUGGCGCACAUAUAGCUAGGCCUGCGGCGCUGACACCCGAGACGAGUUAAGGAGAGGGUACAGGGGCACAGGGUCUUCCGGGCCCAAAAUUUGACAUACUCGAACCGUUUGUGGGGGUCUUCUUACUCUAAUAUUCAAUGAGUUUUGGUAUAACAUUUUAAUCACAACACAAUGUAGCUAGUGUUGGUUAAAUUAACAGAGUUUGUGUACUGUGGGAGAACUUCAACUUAUUUUUUCCCCACUCAGAGAAUCGUAAAAUGAUAAGUUUGAUGCUCAACAAAGAUAACUAAAAGAAUAUUUUGUCUUUGGUUUUAUCAUUAUAAUAGUUUUUAUGUCUUUUUUGAAAAUGUGUUUUGUUGUAAUUACAUGGUGCUUAGGAGCUACUUUUUCAGAAACUCAAAGUGAAAGCAAAUCAUUUCAUCUUUGAUAUUGAUAGGGAACCACGAUGGUUGAUUGAAUCCCUCACUGAUGAGCUCAUUAUUAUUUUUAGUACCAGAUUGUGCACAAUAAUUUUUGCAUUGCAAAAGCAGGUUAGUAAAAUAUUGCUGUGCUUUGACACUCAAACUCUGUAUGGAUUUGAGUUUGUCUUUCAUGAUUUCUUCUGCUCUAUGCAGCAUUUCCCAAGAGCUAGCACCAAGAUAAAUUUUUAGUUGAACAUUUUGACGUUCAACACACACUGUGGUCAAACUUUUAUUCUUUUCGUGAAUUUUAAUACUGAGUGUCAGCCCACCAAUAUGGAGCGGAUCACAACUUGUUUUUGAAUUUUAUCCAUUUUUGAUGUGAUUGAAAACUUCUCCAGAUAUAAGCACAUUGAAUUCUUCCACGGAUAUUCUUAUCCAUGGCCUAUUACCUUUGCAAUUAGAAUCUCCCACCAGCAUGAUGUACGGAUUGAAAUAUUUGCAAUCCAUUCCAAUUCUUAAUUGCUUUGAACUAUUUUUUGUGAGAGCAAAAUCUCUAUAGUCAGCCUCAAGAGGAAAUUCUGACACUACAGUAGGGUUAAGAGGGACACUCACUUGGAGUGGAGCCAAUUCUAGCUGAAGCAACACAUCAGGACUGAUCGAUUGAUCAUUAUUGCAAAUUGCAUCUAAAUCAAAAGAAAUUACACCAGCAGGGGCAGAACCUGCAACUUCAGGGGUGGGACGGAGGUAGGCAGGUGGGUAUGGGCCAUCUCGAUCAUCCACUCCGCGCUUUGCAGCUGGUAGACCAAAGUCAGAGAAUCGUUUGAAUGCCGUGUUGACUAUGCGACAAGACAGACAGAAGUGAUGUCUGACCCUCUCACCACCGUCUCCCUAUAUACUAAUCGAGUGGCGCCACUAGCGCCACCUAUCGGGCGAACGGAACUAAAGAACUAAAUAAUGAACUUGGUUCAACUUGUUUACACUCUCACAAAACACAUACAUUGUAAAAAAACAUUUUUUGUGGUUUUUCCAACUUUUAAUCGUUAUUCCAUUUGGAAUUCGUACCAAAGCUCAACUCGUUUUGCGUUUAGAGCUGCACAUGUGUGCAGAGGGAACAUGAAGUGUUCAAUGCAGUGUGACCGCACAUUAAGUUUAGGGAGUUUAUCCAAUUUUGGACAACCAAGUUUUGUGAUGUCAAUAAUUAUAGUGUGAGGCAAAAACUCUUGAAGCGGGCACUUUUUUUGCUCUCCCUUAACAUAAAGAGAUACGUGUAUGGACGAGUGAUUGAUUGUAAGACGCCAGCACAGGCGCUGUAAGGUGUACUUCCACAGUUCCACCUCAACCCGUGAAUUUUGUUGGUGACGUAACUGUUUUCUUUCAUUAUAUCUGAACUUAGGGGCUGAAAGGGGGUAUCGACGAAAACAGGAAGGGCCAAAAAAGAUGGAAAAUAUUUUUCUUUAUGAUCUUCAAAGGAGUAACUGGUUAAUGUAGAGGUCUUUGGGCGAAAAUUUCGUCCGUUUUGCUCUAUCUCUCACCGUUUGGGCGCUAUAGUGAGUUUCUCUCACAAAAGUGGACCAAAAGUAAUUAAAUUAAUUUUCGAAAAUAUUGGAUGGUCUCCUAAGGGGUAACUCGUGAAAGUAAAGUUCUUUGGGCGAAAAUUUCGUCCGUUUUGCUCUAUCUCUAACCGUUUACGCGCUAGAGGGUCUUUAUAGACGAAAAUAAGCUAACUAGCUAUAUGUACGCCAGACCACGUCUCGCGUAACAGGCUUCGCGAUAUCUCACGAAACACUGUUACGCUGCGACGCGCCUGGCGCACAUAUAGCUAGGCCUGCGUCGCUGAGACCCGAGACGGGGUAAUGGGAGGGUAUUAGGGAACAGGGCCUUCAAAAUUUGACACACUUCCAGCAUUUGUCGGGGACUUAUUACUCUUCAAAAAUUAGGGCAUUGAAACUUCUGCUGUUCAAUAACGGUUUUCAUUAAAAGUUCGAAUUUGGACACUUUGUUGAGUAAAAAUCAACGUUUUAGUGAUACUCUAGGGACCCUUAAGCCCCAAAGAAAGGGUGUGGUUCGACCCGUAAUGUGUGGUUUAAGUAUUAUUUCCUUUAAAUCAUGUGACAUGAAGCCUUUUUUACGAUUUAAUAGACCAUUUUGACUUUUUCACGUUGUUUUCGCCAAGAAAUGCCCCAUAUCGCCGAAACGGUACAAGAUAGAGCAAAACGGACGAAAUUUUCGCCCACGGUGUCUACUUUCACGAGUUACCUCUUAGGAGCCCAUAAAAAAAUAUCUGAAAAAAGAUAAUAUUUUGCAGCCUAUGGUUUUUGAUUUUUUAAAACGUCAAUUUUUGAGCUAGAAUGCUCAUCUUCGAACUCGAUCUGUCUUUUUAUGAUACAAAACGACCCUGAAAUUCCCAGAUCGCUCUCUCAAAUCUUUCUCGAGUUAUCGUGCGGACAGACAGACACAUACUUCAAAGUGUUCCAGAUGAAGUGACAAAGCUCACUAUAUUUUCUGAUUGCUGCUCUGGACAAAAUCGUAACAGCACUGUAUGUAUGAUGAUGUUCAUCGCUUUACAAGAGCACCCUUCACUACAGGAGAUCAAUCAUAUUUUCUUGAUUCCUGGGCAUACAUUUAUGCCUGAAGUAGAUGGGAAACAUGCUGUUAUUGAAAAAUAUAAGAAACGUCUGGAAAAAAUCAAUGUUCCUGAUGAAUGGUACACAGCCGUCGAACAGGCUGGAAGGACUGAUCCUAAAAACUUUCCUGAUGGAAAAUUUAAGGUCACCCAUGUCACAUCAUUCUACGAUGUAGCUUCUCUUUCCAAGGAAGAGCUAAUUAGAAGACACAAAUGUACAGACAAGGAACCCUUCAGUUAUCUUGAUACUCACUGGUGGAAGUACUGCAAGAAUAACAUGGGCAUGGUUCAGGUCAAGUCAUCAUUCUGUGAAGAUGCAGAAUUCCGGUCUCUCAGCUUCUUGAGGAGAGGAGUCCGAGGUGACCGCUUGAAGCAACUCCUUCCAUGCCUCCAAACACUGCCAGCAUCCCAGCCAAUUUCUGUGGAAAAGAAGAAAGACUUGAUUAGUUUACUCUGCUACCUCAACGAAGAGUUCCACCCUUUCUACCAGAACCUUCCUGUGAGUAGCACAGUUCACGAGCUACAUCCUCAAUCCCCUCCCCUGCAGUUGGAGGAAGAUGAUGACGACCCAACAGAAUGAGCUCUACCCGCUGUCAGGUGUAAUGUUCCUAUUACUUAGUUUAUUUUAUAUCGUAUUCAGUAUGUACCAAAUUAUUUACUCUAGUAUGCACCAAAUAUUAUUUUCAUAAAAUGUUUACCUAUUCAAAGUAUAUAUUAGUUAAAGGAAGUUAAUAGGAUUUUUCUAGUCAGAAAUAUUGCAUGUCUAAAUGAAUUUAUUUUACUACUUAAAAGUCACUACCCAGUGUUCCUCAUUUGAAUACUGCAAGCUUAUGCAUUAGUAUUACCCAUUAUUAAUUUGAUUGUUCCAUGUAUUUUUCUGUUACAUCUAUGUGCCCAUUCCAAAUCUAUUUAUUACAUUAUGAACUUUACUGUCAGGGUAAUUUAUAGCUUUAUAUAUCUAAUUUAAGCAUGUAUAAAUUUCACUUCCACUCUUAUUGCAGAUUUGAUACAAAUUAAGUUUAGUCAGAGGCACUAAUUUUAUAUUGUAAACUUAUUUUACACAUGUAUGAAUGUUACUUUCACUUAUGUUAAUUAUUAAGGCAGAUUUAUAGCAUUGGUGCAUGAAUUCUUUGUCACAGCAAUUAAUUUCCUUCAAUUUUUUUUCUGCAUGUUAAAUUUUACUUUCACUUUUGAUACUUUGGAAGAAUAUGACUGGUAUAUUUUUGUUCUCCUCGAAGAAUAUAUAAGAUUUUAUAGUAAAAUAACUACACUCCUAAGUGGCGCUUACUCACUUG